GACCUUAAUUUAAUUGUGUAUCUAAAAUUCUAAACUAACCUAUUAAAUCGAUUAUUAUGACAUAUUAAGUUCUUCCAUUGCCUCAUGAAAUAUUGUUAUUCACAAUUAAUAUGUUAAUUAUAGUCAAAUACUGUCUUGAAAAGAGAUGCCCUAUAAUUGAGAAAUCACAAGUUGUGACUUUUAAAAUAGACUGAUUAUAUUUAAAUCCGAUGUUAUCAAAUUCUCUUACAAAAUAUAUAAUUAAAUAAAAGAAAAAAAAAUAAUAUAAGAUAAAUUAAAGAUCAUGUCACCCCUCUUUCUUCUCACCCUCCCUCUUUGGCUCAUCUCACGGAUCUUGCCUUCCUUUCCCCACACCCUUAUCUUUCUUUUUACUACUAUUUUUUUCACUUUAUAUAUUUUUUUUAGGGGAAGUGGGGGCUCCUACAUACCUUUGGUAUAUAUAAGACCCAUCUUGAAGAACUAAUGAGAGGUCAGGUCAGUCCUUUGUGCAAAAAGAAAAUCAUCAUCAGAUAUCAUCAGCAUCAUCUCUUUAUCUAGAGUGUCAUCAGCACAUUCAUAUAGUAUAUAUAUAUACAUACAAAAAGGAAUUAAAGAAGCUAGGAAAAAGAAAGAAAAUGGCAGCAUCUUGGGUUAAAACAAUCACAUCUCCGUUCAAAAAAGCUUGCACCUUUCUCAACCAUCCACCUCAGCAGCCAAAGGAUAAGAAAUCUAAGCAAGAUAAUGAAAAUACAGUGAUGGCUCUACAAGGAGAGGUAAUGGCAUGCACAUACGAGGAUGUGCAGGUUAUGUGGUCCAUGUUGGAUAAGUCCAAAGCCAGAACCUGCAAUAUGACAUCUUGACUCCUGAGUUUUGGGCUUGGAUUGGGUUCAGUUAUCCAUCCCUGAAGGCCCACUUCAUUUUAUUGGCCUGUCAUCUCGGCAUUUGUGUCCAUGUAGAUAAUAUGUUAUUUUGGAUAAUGCUGUUGAGGAGCCAUGUUAUAUGAAAAAAAUUAAACAAGACAAAAAUAUAUUAAUGUGUAGUAGUUACUUACUAGUUAGGGAGUAUGGUUAUUUGCCAUGCCCAAUGGCUUCACCAUCAAUUCGGAUUUAGGGUCUUUUAGUUUCCCCCUCCUAAUUUGUGAUGUGGUUAUCAAUAGGGAAUCCCCGUGAAAUAUUAAUAUUUAUCACGGCGAGAUUUUAUUAAGAAAAUUCUUAAUUAUGUUUGAUUUGUUUUUUCCUCUCUAA